AAAGUGAUCUCUGACCCCAAUCAUUCUAUCAUACCCAAUUUUAUUAUCUCUCCAACUCAUAGUGGGGCUCCAUUUUGCAAAGUUGACAGCUUCCCUUGGCCUCCAAUGGAGCCUAUCACCCCGUCCACCUAACCCGCCAUUGUCUCUUGCCCCUCCCUUUCCUCUGCCUCCCGCCUCCAGCUCAUCGGCAUCCUCCUCUGUUUUCCGGAUUGGUCUACAGAGCUCCCAUGAUUCUUCCUCUGCUGAGUUUUCGGUGGGGAGGGUGAUGGUCCGCGAGUUGCUGGCCGUGCUGGUGCGCGCGGCGCUGCAGUGGGCGCUGGCGACGCUGCUCCUCGCCAACGGCGCCGCCUUCUGCCUCAUCGCCGCCGCGGCCUCCUCGCUCCGCCUCGGCCCGCCAUGCCUCCUCUGCGCACGCGUCCACCGCCUGCUCUGCUCCGACUGCGGCCAAGAAGAACGAGACGCCUUCCGCCGCCUGCUCUGCGACGCUCACGUCGCCGCCAUCGCGCGCUUAGGCGCACAAGAAGCAGAGCAGCCGGCGUGCUCUCCUUCUGAUCACGUCGACGCAGGGACAAAAUAUGGAGGUCUGGAGUCUCACCGCGUCGUCUCCAUCGGCAGCGAGAUCUGCGAGCAAGAUCGUGGCGCCGACGAUGACCACCCUCGUGCCGCUGCCACCAACCUCAGCACCCUCGGAAGAACGUCGAGCAUGGACAGCGGCGAAGGCCCGUACGUGUCCCUGUUCGAGCUCGCUCCCCUCGUCGCCCUCCCGGAAGCCAACCCGCCGCCGGAUUACGAUGCCAAAGAAGCACCUCACGGUCACGGUCACAGGACGACGACGAGGCCGGAGCACGACGAGAGAGCGUCCCCGAGCGACGCGGCAGGCGGCGAGCCGGCGCUGACGGUGAGCGGCCUCGUCGCCGCCCUCCGCGCGCAGCGGAGGGAGCUGGAGGCGGCGCGCGCGGAGCUGCACGGCGAGCGGCGCGCUAGGGCGGAGCUGGAGGAGCAGGGCGAGCUGGACCGGGAGGCGGCGCGGGUGGCCAUGCAGCUCGUCCACGAGGCGGAGACGGAGAAGCACGAGCUGCAGCGGCAGCUCGACGCGCUCAGGGUCAGGGCCCAGCUCCACGACUACGAGGCCGCCGGCUUGGACGCGGCGGACUACUCUGCUCCGGUCAGCCGGCUCGGCCGCCGGCUGAGCCGCGACGGCGGCAGUGAGUCGAUGGGCCUGGAAGUGGAAGACGAGGCGGGCUGGAGCGGGAACAAGAACUACCAGUCGCUGGUGGACUUCCUGCCGGGCUCGGUCUACUCCUCGUCGCCGGACCUGGCCAACCUGCUGAGGCUCUACACGGAAGGCAAUGGCAAUGGAGCUCGUCGGCCGAAAGAGGGUGACAUCACCGAGGAGGAGGAGGAGGAGGAGGAGGUCGUCGUCGCCGUCACGGCCGCAGCUGUCUCUGGUUUCGACGGCGGGGACGGUGAGGAGGCCACUAGCAUGGCUGCUGCUGCUGGUGCUUCUUUGGCGGAAAGCGGUGGCGACCACGUCCGAGCAGAUCUUGCACAAGACGAAGCAGCUGUAAUGCGUGCAUGAUGUAUCGCAUCACCGUGAUUGAUAUGUUUUCUAUUUAACCGCCAUUCUUUUUAUACUAUUUGUUGCACGGAGCUUCGUGUAUACAAUGGUCCUUGGUAAUUUCAUCGAACACCUUGCGUGCGUCUGCUGUCCGGCCGGAGUCGGGCAGGUGCCGCUACAUGAUUCCCAGCCUUGCAGAUGCUCGAGGUUGUCGCUCGGCUCGGUGCCGCUCGUUGUAUUCCACACAAUGGAACCAAAUGGAAUAUACAAAUUGCUUUUUUAGCUA